GGGGACCAUGUUGCUUUGGAGGUGGGUGCGGAAGUGCGGAAGCCGGAGCAGCAGCAGGAGAUGUGGGUUGUGCCCGUGAAUCGUGCGGCGGCUGAGGAAGGGGAGGCGGAGGCGGAGGUGGAGCCCGAGGGGGUGCCCGUUUGGUUCCAGGUCGCGGUGCUUUCGGGCCGCUACUGGCGCACUUGGAUUCGCAACCCCGUCAUGAUGGCCAGCGAGCUGGUGCAGUACAUCUUCACUGCCGUAUUCGUGGGCCUAAUGUACUACAGGCUCAACGACGUUCUGGGCGAGGGCGACUUCAACCGCGCCGCAUGCAUCUGGUUCUCCUUUGCCGUGCUGUGCUUCACACCCUCCUACACUGCAAUCACCAACUGGGCUGCCGAGCGGCUGCUCCUCAAACGCGAGCUGGGCCAACGACUGUACGGCAUGACCGCCUAUUAUCUGGCGCGCUACAGCGUGCUGCUGCCCUUCGAAAUAGCGCAGUGCCUGCUGUUCCUGGCCAUCAUGUACUUCUUCGCGGGGUUCCAGGCCUCAGCGUCCGGCUUCUUCACCUUUUUCGCCGUCCUCAGCAUGUUCCAGAUCAUCUCCGAGGGCCUGGGCGCCUGCUGCGCUGUGGCCACCAAGACCCCCACCUCGGGCGUCAUCCUGCUCACCUUUUUGCUGCUGUUCCUGCUCGCGUUCUCCGGCUUCCUGACUGUUAAGAUCCCCAUCUACUUUGUGUGGGUGCAAAAGACCUCCUACCUUACUUACGCCUACUCCGCCCUGGUGGAACGAGAGUUUUCGCACAUCACCUUCCGCGACAAGGACACGGGGGAGGUCGUACCCGGCAUGGAUGCGUUUCCGGAGUCGCUGAAGACAGGCCUCACGUACGCCCAGAACGUGGGCGUGUUGGCGGCGCAGCUGUUGGGUAUGGAGUUCAUAAAGCUCGGCACGUUCCACUUUGCGUACCGCUUUAACAUGAUGUGAAGGGUUUUAACUACCGUACUGGGAACGGUUGAUUUUGGAUAGUUGAAGGGAUAAGGGGUUUGAGUGCAUGGCAGGCCGUGAUGGAAGAAUGCCAUGUGAACAAGCAAGACUCUCCAAAUUUUCGUUGGAGGUAGAAGAAUUCUGCAGCUGAAGUUCACCUUUUUUGCUGAGUUUGUCUCUCUACGUUGCUGGUCAAUCCUGCGUGAGCGUGUGUGUGUUUCAAAGCAUGAACUGGAUGUCCUGGCCUGAUGACGGCUCUGCACAGCCGUACCUACGGAAACUUUGCUACAGCUAAUUUCUUACUUGCAUUUUUCUUCGUGCAUCUAUAAUGGGGAUAUACAACGUUCAUGUCGUACGUACGGAAGCUGUACGGGCCCGGAUGCUGUAAAGACUAACCGUUGAUACCGUGCAGGGCAACGUUUGAUGAGGCCUGUCCAUGUCAAACCCUAACAUGAAAUUACUAACGACGUCUGGAAUUGCAUGCAUGCAUGUGCUGCGUGUGCAUGAAAAUGGCUUGGGCGGGGGGUAUGUAUGGCGCGGGAGUGGUCGGUUAGGCACCCAUCGUAGAGUUGCUCUUGCUGCUGUUCUGUUUUGCAUUGUUUGGUUGCAUGUGUGGUGCGCUCGUCAUUCGUCGCUGUCCCCCUGCCGGCAGGGUUUUCCACUAAUUCGCUUACCGGCGGUAUCAACUCUCUCGAGGGAGGCCAUCCCUGAAGCUAUCAUUGCUUUUGGCGUGCCAGGCGUGUGGUGGUGCUGCUGCUGUUGGGACUUGGGUCGAUGGAUCGACGGAGGUUGCAAGCAGAAGGAAGCAGCUGUUGUGUGUAUAUGCAUGUGUUAUGUUGGCUGAUGACAUUAAGAGGUAAAUAAAUGGGUGGGGAGGAUGAGCAGGCAUGCAAACCACCAGGACGGCAAUCAUGUAAAUUCGUGUGGGUGGACGUUCUCCUGCCUAAUCAUGGCAUGCCAUUAUGGGUUGCAGGGUCUGGAAUGCGGACUUGGUG